CAUUCCUACAAUGCCUCAAAAAUUUGUCCAUUGAGAUUUUUCUAUGAAACUAUGUCAUUUAAGGACAACCUGUCAAACAAGUACAAGUAACUCUUUUGGAUUUAUAGAAGUAAUAAAAAGAAUAAGAGUUUACACGAAUACUGUUUGUUGUUGACAUAUCAUGUACGGUGCAUCGCUGGUGGUUUUAGGUUCAAACUACUGAUAAUCUUUAGCAUGGUGGAAGUAAGGGACAAUAACCAGGUCUCAAAAAGUAAAAGAACGUCGUUGCCGGAAGCUUCUUACUCAGAAGUUGUUCAAUAAAAAAUGCCAGCCUAAAAAGAUCUAAUUAGAGAGCAUAGAAGGUAAAGAACUUCCCUAGUUCUCCACAUGCAGAAACUUAGCACUAAAUAAAAACCCAAAAAAGUAGUAAAACGGUUCAUCCAGAUGAUAUUUUACAAUUGAGCCAUGGCAGUGUGUUGGGAAAAGCAGCAUUACAUGGCUAACAAACUUAUAUACUCAAUGCCAUUGAUUACCCGCCAUCUCAACUAUUACUCAAAAACCUUAAAUCAAAGAGACAAUCCCAUCGAGUGCCUAGAUCAUACCCAAAAGCUAGAUAACAAGCUCUACAAAUACAAGCACAGAGGCAGAUUUGUUCUGUCACCAAAUGUUGAGCUGUUGCGAUAAAAGCAUAUAAAACUGCAUGAUUGAUCAAUAGCAAAAAUUGUCUACACUACAGGCAAUAUCUUCAUGUCGUGAAAAUGUUUGAUUAAGCAUUAAUCAGAGCCAAUAAUAAAUAAAUAAAUAAUCACUUUUUCCACAAUAACUACAGAAAAAACCCAAUUGUCCUCACUCUUCAUGAUCGAAAAUACUGGCCUAUCAUAUCAACAAAAAUGACGCUGUGAUUUCCUUCUCUUUUAUGAAUUAAUAAACAACCAAAAGAGCAAGCUUUCACUUAUUGCGUUCAUAGUACAAGUUCUAGAAUAGCAAUCUUACCAUUAGAGGACAGAAAACAUUCCCCCGAUUGCCUCUUGAGCGGGAUUCCGGUAGAAGAAACUCAAUAUGUGGUAGCGGCGGCGAGAAGCGGCGGAGCAGCACAGCGUUCUGGGUUUUCGCGGAGGUGGGGUUUAGCGGUUUAGAAUGUAAUAAAAGGGCCAGAAUUGUAAAGAAAAGUAAAUAUCAGGGACCCUGGAAAAAUAAUUCCAAGAAUAUUAUGGCUUUGCGUUUACUUUUCUCUCUUCGUUGUCUGCAAUUGAUCGCUUUCCAGUUUCCAGUUCCCCAUUGUUACUCCUCCUUUGGCUUUCAAUACCGCUCACUUUUGCAAAUCAAAGCAAACAUUCCUCAUUGGGUAAGCCCUAAAAGACUAUUAAAUGUACUUUUUUGUGAAUUUUUGUCUGUUAAUGGGUUUCUGAGCAUAUUGUGAUUAGUAGUGGAAGAUAUAUGUUCUUUCUGGGGACAUUUUGUAGCAUAGUUAAGAUGUAUCAUCUCGUAGAAAUCCUAAAAAUUACAACUUUUCUUUCUGCUUUUUGGCUAUUGUUGGUUUCUCCGUCUACAGUUCUUGUGAACGGAUCAUUAGUUUUGGAUAUGUUGAAUUGAUCUUUAUUUUGCGAUUUGGUGAGGCUAUAUGAUGUUUGGGACAUUGCCCAAGGGCUUUGAUUUCUGGCUUUAUCCUUUUUAAAUGGAUUGGAAAGUGAAAUAGCUUAGCUUUAUAUCCCUUCUGAUUGCAUUCAAUCAUAUUUCAUUGGCAUUGGUUUAUCGGGAGGAGUAAAUCAUCUAGGAAAUGUUAGUCCUGGGGUACUAACUGUUUGUCUAUCUGGUAAUGCAGACUGUGAAUCUUCCUCUUUUGUGCUUCAUUGUGUUUUAUAUACUUUUCAAAUUUCAAAUAGGGAUUGCUUUGCUUAAGAGGUUCAUUGGAUUUUUCCUUUACCUUAAGUUCAGUUUGCUUUUGGCGUUGGGUUUUUGUUUAUUUUUGUUAUAGGUACUGGUCAUGAUGGUCAUGAAGUAGUUGCUUCAUCCUACUCUUGAUUUCCUUGUGUUUUCACGGUAUUAUAUAUUCCCUACGUCAUUUUUGAAUGAUAUUCUUUGUAUUCGAGUGGAGGUGAUAUGGUGCGAAGGGGAAUUCAUUUUUUUUUCUAAGGACUGUUGAAUGAUUGAGGAAGUAUUGUUGCAUUGUAAAUUUAUCCAAAGCAGUGGUUAAAUAGUCUCAACGAGAUGGGGUUUUGGAUUAAAACUAUCUAUUUUUUUGAAUCAAUUGGAUAAUCCUUUAUAUGACGAUCCCGUGGUGUUACUUCGAACUUCAUUCUGCAUUAAUUGCAUAUCUGCAAAACUUCCACAUUGAGCCGCCUUCUUUGUAUUGUGUAUGAAAUUUUAAUUCUUGGCUUGACUAUCAUCUUUUGAUUAACAAAAUUGUAUCUGGCCUUCUUGUAUGUACACCAUUGGAACAAUGCCAUUCCUUUUCCUACCCAUUGCUAAGAUAUUUAGUGUCAAUACUAAGGGGUGUAAUCCAACUGAAAGUCCUUUUGUUAGUUCCUAAAAUUUGUAUGUUUCAAAGUUAAUAGUCAACUAUUCAAAUAAAGGAUCAUAUUGCAGUUAGAAUGAAGCACAUUUUGAAAAUUCUGGCAUUGUUGGUAGCUAUUUCUGCUGUAUGGAUUGGCCUACUACAGACAUCAAUAAUUCCAGGGAGUUAUACGUGGUUGUUGCCUCUAUAUCUCAUAGUUUCUCUUGGAUGCUAUGGUCUCUUAAUGGUUGGGAUUGGCCUGAUGCAAUUUCCAACAUGUCCUCAUGAGGCACUUCUGUUACAACAGGACAUUGUUGAAGCUAAGGACUUCCUGAAGAAGAAAGGGGUGGAUGUUGGUUCUGAUUGAUUUCUGCUGGAGAGGUUUCAUUAAAUUUUGUAUUGGAGAAAGAAAUAGUGGCUAACAACAGGAUGUUUUGAAGGGGAAAAAAAAUGCAUAGGGUUUCACGUAAAUGUGGUUUAGGCUGCAAGAAUAGGUUUAGGCAUUUCCUUCCGAGGAGAUAUUUAGUGAUUUUGGCAGCAAAGAAAUCAAUUUGGAGGUUUUUCGUCUGUAAAGCUAGGGGCAUUAUCAGUGUGCCAAAAUUGAUCAAUUUUUCUCCUUCCCUCUGCUAUAGAAAAUAGAUGUUUCUGGAUUUUGAUGAUUAAUGAGUGAUACGGUUCAAAAUUGUUCCAUUCAGACUUCUUUCACUGAGAGUUGAUAUUCUUAUUUAUCAUGUUUUGCUCCCUUUUUCCCCUCCCAUUCAUUUCUGAAUAGAGUAAUGCUAGCU